AUGGUUGUCCCCGAAGGCUAUGUGCCCAUCUUCGCCUUUAGCUUCUGUCCACCCUCGGGCAUCUUUGUUCAGCUUGGCAUGUACCUUCUUGACGUCGUGAACGACGUGGUGCAGAUCGGCACUUUUCUAUACCACAGAGAUUGGUGGUUUGCAGGAUUCAUGAGCCUAUUUGUCUUCGUGAACCUGGCAGGCACAAUUCACGAGAUGUCGAAGCUUAGCAAGCUGAAACGCUUCGAUCUGCUGGGUGAAGCACGGCUGUGCGUGACUCGGGGAGUGUUGACCGAUGCUUGGCAGAUGAUGCUCGCCUGUGAGAGGAACAUCGAAGCCCCUGGCACCGGGGUCAUGGGGCCCUACGGCGCAACCUUGCUUCAGCUUACUCCUCUACAGGCGGCAAGCUGCCUCUUUGGGCUCUGCACCUCCGCAAAGGCCAUGGCCGAAGGCCGGCUGCAGGUAGAGGUAAGCACUGGCGCGGAUGCAGGUGCAAAUGCAUUGAAAGCUGUUCGUCCAGUCAAGGCCGUCCUGCUCUCUGCCUGGUACUGGGGUGCCUUUGCGGCGGAGCUUGCUGCCUUCGCCGUGGCAAGCGCCGUCUUGCACCCCAUCAUCACUGUACCGGGCUACCUCCUUGGCGGCAUGGCGAAUGGCGCUGCAGCCUGGUGGGCUGGCUCGCAGGAUUUUCUCCAGGUGGCUGUCACUACUUUCUUUACAGUUGGCUUUGCUAUGGUGGGUCACCAGACGAAGUCCUUCCUCAGGAGCCGGGCAUCAAUUGCAAAGGGCCCUGGCUUCAUUCCAGCCGCUUCAAUUCUGCUCCGUUUCAUCGCCUGGGCGGCCCUUUGCUUCCUGGAUCUCCCGAACGGUCUUUUGCCGCUCGGCUCACUUGGGAGGCCCAUGGGCCUCCCGGUGCUACGCGAAAAGUUCCUGGAGCCGGCCACUGCUUCGCGGGAAGCCUUGGCAUGUUUCACGUCCCAAUUCGGGAUAUCCUUCCAGCCGGAGGCCAAUGCGACCUCCAUGUCUUUGACGGAAGAGGUAAGUUUCGGCGCGUGCAGCUGGCCGGCAGCCGGCGAGCUGAGCACACCAUCCACCAUCUUCAACACCUGCUUGUUGUUGUUGGCCAUGGUUCUUGUUCCAAUACACAUCUGCGUCGUCGUCGGGAUGUUACUGUUAAAUCCCAUUUAUGCUUGUGCAGCUGACAACCUCCCGCUCAAGGAGGAGGUCGAGGCGAAACAGCGUGAAAUCAACGCCUUCGCCACGCAGAACGAGCAAACUGCUGGCCAGCAUGAGCUGCUGAGCUCGCUUCCGGAUUAG